AUGACAGGCGAACCAUUAAAAAUCCAAUUUCGUGAGGACGAAAACCCUGUCUCCGUUCAUAAACCAAUACCAGUACCACAUCACUGGAAAGAAUCCGUCAAAGACCAACUCGAUCAAGAUGUAAACUUGGGGAUAGUCGAACCAGUCCCAACUGGAACACCUACAAACUGGUGUUCUCGGAUGAUUACCGUUCCCAAGAACGACGGCACAGAUUUGCAAAAACUAAACGCAUCUACCAAACGAGAAACUCAUUACAGCCAAUCACCCUUCAACAUCGUAAGUGUAGUUCCACCGCAAACCAAAAAGACAACCCUCGACGCCUGGAACGGAUACCACAGCGUUCCAUUCUGA